UUCUUCGCACAAUUUGUACACGUUGUAAUCCUGAAGACAAGAAGCAAACCAAGAUGGCGAAAGUUAUAUUCCCUCACAGUGUUCAGAAACGAAUAGAAGAAAACUUACAAAACGCGACGACCACAACGUUAGGUUUUCUUCUCGGGAAGUGGAUGGAGGACACGCUUCAUAUAUUCGGUUGUUACAGGUGUCCAUCAGAGGAUAUCGAAGAUGUUGGACAUUGCUUAAAGGAAGCGAGUGGUCAGAUUCCUUUAGGGACUGGGGUUUGUGGCUUAUUUGGUUUCUACCCAAAGAGUGAUGGCGAUGAUAAAGUAAUGAGAGAAAUAAGAAUGACUGCAACAAGGAGAUUCAAGGACCAAUGUAGUGGUGAUCAUUUAGUUAUGGCUGUGUUUAGAGGAGGUGAUAAUGGCAAACACCUACAGUCAACUUUCUGGUACCAUGCUGAUGGACGUGAUGUAUCCGAGGCAGAUGCCAAAUUCACAGACACCAACCAAAUUCUUGACGAGUGUGUUGUGUUUCGCUUGCACGGAAGUGUCAAGUUUGUUGUACGUCAUGACAAAAAAAAAGACAAAGUUAUCCAAAACAUUGCCAAAGAAUUGGGGAAUCAAAUCCAACAACUGAAGUCGAAUCAAACUGCCUUCCAUAUAAAGCACAGUCACAUCGUCAUGUUCCUCGACGACCCACCAUACGCACGGACAGAUGUGCUCACAGACGACACGCUAUGUCGUGACUUAUUCCAGUACAUUGAGAAAGAAGAGGAGGAGGCAAUGGGGAAGAAGAGGAAGGUUAAACUAAAGGAAAUCAGCAAGGAGGUUGUCCAUGUGAACGUGAUGAAACAGAUUGCAGGACCCAUACCAUUCGAAAAAGUUCCAGACUGUUCACCAUAUAUCGUACAAAAUCAAGAAUGUGUGAAGUAUAUGACGACUACUUUACCUCUUGAUGUGAUCGGUCUUGUCAGUCCCGAUGAACCUGUCGGGAAUCUGCCUCAAAUCUUCCUUCAAGGUCUCGUCAACCAACUCACAUGUAUGGGGCGAACGAUGUGCCAAUUUUACAAGGAUAACCGGUUAUGUAAACCCAAACCUUAUCAUUACAAGCCAGAUGUUAUAGGUCAUCUGGUAACACUUCUUCAACCAACAGGCUGGUCUGAGAGUGAUCUGGAAUCAUACCGACGUGAUCUGUCCCAGAAACUGAUGCUGCCACUGACCCGACCGACAUUGCGGUGUUGCUGCCGACAUGUCUUCCCUGAUGAAGGCUACGGUGACAGUUACCUUAGAAACACUCAUGUUGGACUCUCUAGAGCAGGAGUUAAAGGGAGCAAGACAUAUAUUGUUGAUGGCACGUAUGCCUACCAUCAUUACAUGCAGGACAAGUUUGAUGACAACGGCUGGGGCUGUGCGUACAGGUCACUGCAGACUAUAGUCUCCUGGUUCCGACACCAAGGUUACACAGAAGUCCCUGUACCUUCACAUAGACAGAUACAACAGGUCUUGGUUGAUGUUGGUGAUAAACAAACAUCGUUUGUUGGCAGUAGAAAGUGGAUUGGGUCAACUGAAGUUGGCUAUUGUCUGGAUCAUCUUCUUGGGGUGACCUCCAAGUUCAUGUUUGUGAGCUCCGGUGCCGAGUUGGCUGUGAAAGGGAGAGAACUAGCCAUGCAUUUUGAAAGCCAGGGAACUCCUAUUAUGAUAGGUGGUGGUGUCCUUGCACACACAAUACUAGGCGUGGACUUCAAUGACGUGACCGGAGACUUGAAGUUCCUUAUCCUAGAUCCACAUUACACCGGUGGAGAAGACAUAAAGGUGAUACAGGACAAGGGAUGGUGUGGAUGGAAAGGGCCAGAUUUCUGGAAUCAACAGGCAUUUUAUAAUCUGUGUAUGCCACAGCGGCCUGUUAUGUUAUGAUGACUCUCAGUGUGCUAUAAAGCUGAAUUUCUGUACAACUUUUCUUUGGACUGAUUCUUAAACUUCCAAAUGUAAUAAAGGUAAUAUGGUAAGGUGAGGUGGGUACAAUAAUAGCCCUAGUACAAUUAGCCUUUGUGUGCAUUUUUGUCCACUGUCAGCUGUUUUCUACAUGAUCAGGGCUAUUUUAUAGUUGUACCACUUUGUGAUCUGUCCGAAAAUGACGCAACUGCAAUGGAUAAAGUGAUCGUGUACCUUGAGUCGACUAGGUGCAAAAGAGGUGAAAGUGGAACAUUUUAUUUACAUCUAUGUGUAUAAAAUACAUUUAUUUGAUGAUAUUUAUUUAUUCAGGCAAUA